AAGUUUCCGAUAUCACUAACCACUGGAAUUUUUCUGGUGUCCGAGUGGUUGCAUGCGUAAUACUGGUUUGUAAAUCAAAUUCUACUUGGAUUAUCCAGGGCUUUUUGUUUGAUUUCGAACCGUUUGACCGGAUCAAGGGUCUCGAGGCGGGGUCAAAUAUAUAUGUCCAUUAUACUGAUUUUGGCGAUAGGAACGCUGAACGGUGGUAUAUCUAGCACGAACGCUGUCGUUAUACACCACCAACCUUCCCCACUCGCUCACACCCAUCCCUCGAACAUGACCUACGUCUCAAGUGAUCCCACUUACUGGCCGUGGAUCAAUUUGAAUAUUUUUUUCAGCUAUUGGACAGUUGCCUCUGGCGUCGUGGUGGUAUACGAUUGGGUCUUAACACUGGGACAAGAGAUUGAACUCAUCUGGAAACAACGCUGGUCUCUCAUGACCGUGCUGUAUUUGAUUAUACGCUAUAUUGGAAUACCGUAUUCUGUUGGCAUUGUUCUGGAAAUUAUGCCAUCGGUAUCGCUGACAGAUGCAGUGAGCACUAUCACGAACUACGCAAUAACUGGGACAAAUAUGGCCUUAAUUGUCAUGUUGGACGUGAUCAUGAUUGCUCGGUUGCAUGCCAUGCACCAGGGAUCUAGAACGAUGCUUAUCUUCCUUGUUAUUAUCUUCCUGGCUGUAAACAUCGCCUGCGGAGUAAUGACGGCAAUAGCACUCAACGAUACUGCAGCAGAGGAGUUCAUACUCUCUGGCACAUGUGUGUGCUAUUAUUCACUUGGAGAGAACGAACAGCUUCUGUAUUCAAUGGUUUGGAUCCUCAACACUGUUUGGGAGGUCCUUGCACUGUGUCUUUCAGUCUGGGUUGCUGUGAAACACUUCCGUGAACUGCGACGACUCGGCCCAUCAACAGGAUCGACCAUCGGGGACUGUUUCAGAGUGCUGAUACAAUCUCACGUUCUUUAUUUUGCAAGCUUUCUUGGUGUCUCUUGCCUCCAGCUUGCUUGUUACUCUAAAGAAAUCUUGAAUUCAAAUUCUAUUGGAGCUCAGAUUCUCUAUGGUACUCUUUUGAUUUUAUCGGUCGUGCAGAUGUUUGUGCUGGGACCACGCCUCAUUCUUAGCGUUCGAGAAUACCACGCCGAACUCGUGGCAUACUCCGACGCAGAAACUAGCAUGAAUUCGAUUGUUUUCGAGGAGCAUGUACAUAUAUCGACUAGCAGUACUGUGUAGGGAAAUGCUUGCCGAGUGGUCUGCAGGAGGAGACAUUUGAUCGAGGAUCCGUCAUGGUAUUUAUUUAACAUAUAGGGUUUCGAAGUAUAUUU